CCAGACCCACUGAGGCGGCGGCACAGGGCGCGGGGCUGCGGGGUCUCGGCGGCGGCGAGAGGACAGAGGGAGCGCGCGGCGCCCCUAACCGCCAGCCGCGGGAGCGCGCCGGCACCCGCCCGCCGGGCCGGCCGGCCGCGAUGUCCGGCGCCGAGGAGGCUGGCGGAGGCGGCCCGGCCGCUGGGCCAGCCGGCUCCGUGCCGGCCGGGGUCGGGGCCGGGGCCGGGGCCGGGGUCGGGGUCGGGGUCGGGGCCGGGCCCGGGGCGGCCGCGGGGCCGGCGGCGGCGGCGGCGCUGGGUGAGGCGGCGGGGCCCGGGCUCCCAGACGAGGCGGGCCUGGCCGGCGCCCGGCAGCUGCAGGAGGCGGCGGGCGACCCCGACGCGCCGCCCAAGAAGCGGCUACGGGCGGCCGAGGCAGCCGAGGCGGCAGCAGCGGCGGCGGCGGCGGGCAGCGGGAAGCUGGAGGAGCGGCUCUACUCGGUUCUGUGCUGCACGGUCUGCCUGGACCUGCCCAAGGCCUCCGUGUACCAGUGUACUAACGGUCACUUGAUGUGCGCUGGCUGUUUUAUCCACCUACUAGCAGAUGCCCGGCUGAAGGAGGAGCAGGCCACGUGCCCCAACUGUCGUUGUGAGAUCAGUAAGAGCCUCUGCUGCCGCAACCUGGCCGUGGAGAAGGCCGUGAGCGAGCUGCCCUCUGAGUGUGGCUUCUGCCUGUGCCAGUUCCCCCGCUCCAUCCUAGAGAGGCACCAGAAAGAGGAGUGCCAGGACAGGGUGACGCAGUGCAAGUACAAGCGCAUCGGCUGCCCGUGGCACGGCCCUUUCCACGAGCUGACGGUGCACGAGGCCGCAUGUGCCCACCCAACCAAGACAGGCAAUGAGCUGAUGGAGAUCCUGGAUGAGAUGGACCAAAGCCACCGCAAGGAGAUGCAGCUCUACAACAGCAUCUUCAGCCUGCUCAGCUUUGAAAAGAUCGGCUACACAGAGGUCCAGUUCCGGCCGUACCGCACGGACGACUUCAUCACGCGUCUGUACUAUGAGACGCCUCGGUUCACGGUGCUGAACCAGACGUGGGUCCUGAAGGCACGCGUGAACGACUCGGAGCGCAACCCCAACCUUUCGUGCAAGCGCACCCUCUCCUUCCAGCUCCUGCUCAAGAGCAAGGUCACUGCGCCCCUGGAGUGCUCCUUCCUGCUGCUCAAGGGCCCGUACGACGACGUGAAAAUCAGCCCCGUCAUCUACCACUUUGUGUUCACCAACGAGAGCAACGAGACGGACUACGUGCCGCUGCCCAUCGUCGACUCCGUGGAGUGCAACAAGCUGCUGGCCGCCAAGAACAUCAACCUGCGGCUCUUCCUGUUCCAGAUUCAAAAGUAGGCGGCCCCGCCCACACCCGCCGCCGUGGCUGCACCGCGCCCUUGCCCAUCUCAGCGGAGAAGGGACGGAAGCGAACCCUGGGAUGUCUGCAUGUGUGUGCGAAGGUGGGAGCCCCCUUGCCCUCUGCCCCACCUCCCCUGUCCUGGGCACCGGAGGCUGGGCCCCGAAGAGGAGACACUGCUCGGGGACCCAAGGGGUGUGGCGUGGCUCAGCUGCCUGGCCCCAGCCCCAGCGUGCAGUGGGCCCCACGCCUGCUCUGGGCUGCACACCGGGCCACCCACAGCUCCUGGGCCGGGCUCGGGGGCACUGACCACAGACAGCAUAUUUGAUUGCAAUUAAAAAGGCACCCUUGUUUCCUA